AAUUUGUUUUGAUGUGUUUGUCAUCAUAAGUCAUCAUCGUAUACCUCUUUCGACAUUAGUUUAAGAAAUUUUUGAGGAGUCACAUUGCUGGUUUGGGUGGGAUACUAGAGAUAUUUGAAUUUCAUUUCCAUAGCACCGUAAUUUAACCCAUACAAAUGCUACGUCAACGUGGGUCUCAAAUUUGGACGUUGUUACCCGCGUUGCUGAGGCAUAUUCGGAUCCCUAACGCCGUAGCGUAGCAUCGGAAGACACGUCCAGAGCGGGUACCUAUAGCAUAUAGGGCCUUGCCUAUAGCUUGGGACAUCGUGAUGAAUUUUAAUGUAACGCCUCAGGCCUAUAAGUAAAGUAAUCUUGUCUCAGGCCCACUGUCACAGGCCCUAAUCCUGAGACAGAAUACAGAGCUGGUGACCGCUGACCGGCUGAGCCAUGCCGCGGACCGUGGCCCGACCUCCGCGGUUCACACCGCAGGAGUGGACUCUAGCAAAUAACAUCAAGUUCCACAAUGCCGAGGCCAACUCCAACACAGCCGAGUCGCUCAUGGCCGAGUGCAACCGGCUGCGCGAUGAAAUAGUCGUUCGCACCAAACAGUCACAGGACGAGGCGGACAAGCGGCUGGACCAGCGUGUGGAGCAGCUCGAGUACUGGAAGUCGGAGCUGGACGGGAAGCUGGCUGAGGUGAAGCAGCGCAUCGACACGAUGGACGUGACGCUGGUGCGCGUGAUGAAGGCCGAGUGUGACCUGCAGGACCCGCUGCAGCGCGCCAAAGACUGUCUGGAGAUGAGGGAGCGUCGUCUGGGCGUAGACCGCGUGCACGACGACCCCGAGCGGCAGCUCAUCAAGGAGGUGGAGGUGAUGGAGGGCGCGCUGGAGAUGCUCUGCCGGUCCCGCGAGCAGGCCAAGGAGCAGCUGCGGCGGCUGCGAAAGGCCAAGUACCAGCUGGAGCGGGACAUUGAGCGCAAACAGGCGGCGCUCGACAUCGACCGGAGCAUGCGCGAUCUGAGCCUGCAGUCGGCCGGCAUGGAGCUGGUGGCCGGAGACGUCAACAUCGACACAGACGGUCUGACGGUGGACUCGUGGCUGGAGAACGCGGCCGACCUGCUGGCCUUCGCCACCCGGGAGGUGGACAUUGCGCGCACGCUGCAGUCCAGUCUGGAGGCCAUGCUCAAACAGGCCGAGUGUGACGUACGCAACCAGGUGGAGAGGACCAACCGGGCGCUGGACACGCGCGUACAACAGACGCGCACCGCCAAACAGACGCUGGAGGACAAACUGUCCAUGGUUCGUGAGCACAUAGCCGCCGUGGAGCGCACCAUUGGCGAGCUGGACCUGGCCGUGCGGAACCUGCGCACGCCACUGGCCAAGGCGCAGACGCGGCUGCGCGGCCGCACCGAGCGGCCCUGCCCAGAGCUGACCAACGACCGCGCCCAGCGACAGCUGGUGAUCGAGGUCAAGGAGAUCCAGACCAACGCCGACCGGCUGCGCAGAGAGCUGGCCUCGGCCCAGGCGCAGCUCAGGAACCUGGACCGGGAGCGGCUCAUUCUGGAGGAGGACAUUGACGUCAAGACCAACACGCUGCACAUCUGCGAGGGCCAGUGUCAGGUGCACCGGCAGGCGGUCAUCAUCCAGCACUUCUAGUCGCCGUCCAGCACCGAAACCGACACCGAGACCGACAGCGACACCGACUCUGGGCGGCGAGUUCAGCAGUGGCCGAGCCCCCAACGCCAUCGCACCGCGGCCUCGCUCAGACGCAUGGACGGGUCAGGCAGGUUCGAUAUUGUUUUUCUCAGUUUUAUCCCACAUUGAGGUCAGCUCAAAUUCACAAUCCAACCCACACAAGGCGUUGUUGAGAUAAUUGUAGACAUUAAACGGUCGCAAACAACUCGCGUCAUGUAGCUCUUUUCCCUUGCCUUCUAGAGCGUUUUAUUAUUUCUUCGGUGAGUUUUAUGGUUUCGAGUAGAUUAUGAAGUUGUGUAAACCGGUGCUGACCAGCGCAUUUAGCGCGUUAUGAACACUGCCAGUCCCCUGCCAUCGGGCCCAGACAGGGUCGAGGAUCUGCAUUUUUGUCCGUGUUAUCAUGUGCAAUGAUGUGAAAUUGGUUGAAUGUCCACUGUCUAGUCCGCGACUUAUAAAGCAUGACCACAGCUGCAUUUCGUUUACAUUUAGAUUAAAGCACCAAGUCCUCGGUGUGCAAUAAACGCCGUUUCGGACGGCCUACACGCACAAGAGACAAAUUGCUGUUUAUUGUUCGCCUCGCGUUACAUGCACAUGUAGUAAAUAAUAAAAUCAAUCAGCAUCCA